AUGACUGGUGUGGUAAGAGUCACUUUGAUCCACAAGAUGUUUACACCCAGGAAGAAUAGCCUUCCCUCUCCGAGUUUGGAGGACUCGUUUUUCCCACUGUCCACAUCCUCCUCCAUAUCUCUAUCUUUUGCGUUGCCUUCUUCGUCCCCAAAUGGCAGCUUGGACAGUGGGGCAGGAAUAGAGACUGACCUGAUACUGGCAGCAGAGUUGGGACAAGCGCUUCUGGAGAAGAACGAAGAGUUAUCUGCAGCUCUGGAGCAAAGGGAGAAAGAAAUCGAGGCUUUGCAGCAGGAAAAGCAUGUCCUCCAAAGAAAGUUUGAGAUGAAUGAAUUAACCUCAAGUCAGAAAGAGGCAGAGCUUACCACAGAUAUGGCUUCUUUAAAAGCAGAUCUGGAGCGCUUCCAGAGCAACGGACGUGACCGGCGGCGAGACGAGAGUGAACAGCUGACUCAGUUGGCCAAUCACAACCAGCGCUUGGUGGAACAAUUAGCAGAGGCCGUGACGCUAGAGCACUCCUUAAGGACCGAACUUCGAUCUUUGAGAGAGGAGAUGGAUGAAUCCUCCUUUAGUCGAAAUAUAAGUUUCACACAGUUAGAAAACAUCCAAGCAGAGAACAGGGUUUUAUCGGAGCGUCUGUUCCACAUGGAGAAGCAGCUCAAAGCAUCGGAGGAGGACACAGACAGACUUCGGGUGGAGAGAGAGGCAUUAAGAGAAAAAGUAUCUGACCUGCAGGUGAAACUGACAGAGCGAGAGGCCGAGAUAGAGCAGGAGCAGGGAUUGAUCUUUGACUUGCGUACAAUGAACCAUUCACUGCAGCAAAAGGCUCUGAGCCUGGGAGAAGAGAGUGUCCUGGACAACACACACUUACAGCCUUUGUCUUUGCUUAGUGAGAUUCAACAGUCGCAGGCUAAAGAAGUUCUUUUAGCUCACUCAGAAAUCUUGCAAACAAGAGAUCUAGAAAUACAGUCACUAAAAGAAGAGCUUCAUGCUAAACAAGAAGAGCUGACGUCAUUACAGCAGGAAAUAGAGCCAUUCAAAUGCAGCCCAGGAAAGCCAAGCUACAGCUCUUUAGAGAACGAAUUAGUCACAGUGCGGCAGGAGAAGGAGUCACUCACCAACCAGCUACUCAACACUAUCAAACACAAGGUGGCACUGUCUCAAGAGCUGGAGGCCUGGCAGGAGGACAUGCGAUUAGUUAUAAAUCAGCAAGUGCAGCAGAGAGAAGCGGAAAGGCAAAAGGAACAAGAUAAACUUGUAUCACCUCCUGUUACUGGACUCCAGAGAAGUAAAUCUUUAAGACUCAGGGGAGAUGGUGGAAAAGGAUUUUUCUCAUCAUUAUUCAAAGAGAAAUGA